AUGCUGCCCUUUGCUCAUGCCACCCAUGCUACCCUUCGCUCAGUGCUGCUGCCGCCCACAUGCUGCUCUUUGCCCAGUGCUACCCAUGCUUCCUGCGAGUGUGCGUCCAUGGAACCAUGUCCUCUUCGCCCCACUCCUUCUCACCAUCAUGUCCUCCCCUCCCCCCCCAACCCUUCCCCCCCCCUCCUUGCCCUCUCUCCCCCCCGUGCCAACUGCUGCUGCGCGCCCAGGGAUCUGAGCUACAACUUCUUCAAAGUGAGCCUCGACACCUGGGUGGCGCCCCUCAAGCUCUCCACCAGCCUGCUGUCGCUGCGCCUCAACAACAACUAUUUCUUCGGCUCCGUGCCCCUCUUCCUCGUCUCCUUCUCCAAGCUCCCCAACCUGUCAUUGCGGCCCCGUCGCCGCUCUCACCUGCGGCCCGUCGCCGCCCUCAGCUGCGGCCCCAUCGCCGCCCUCACCUGCGGCCUCGCCGCCCACAUUUGCGGCUCCGCCGCCCUCCGUUGCGGCCCUGUCGACUACCUUGCGGCCCCGGCCCCGUCUCCUAUACCUGCGGCCCCGCCACCUGAGGCCCCGAUGUCACCUGCGGCCGCGCCACCUGAGGCCCCGUCGCCACCUGCGGCCCCGCCCACCCUUGCGGCCCCGUCGCCCACUUCAGCCCCGCCCACUUGCGGUCCCGACCCCGCCCCGGCCAUGCCUCGUCACCAGCUGCGGCACACCGGGGGCACGUGCACCGCCCCCCCCCUUCUUCCCGUCACCUGUCACGGCGACCUGAAAUGGGGGGGCAGGCGUCGCCCCCUCUGCCGCCUGCUUUGGCGCCCGGGGAGGCCCAAGCUGAACUUGGACGCGCUCACCGGCACAUUCCCCGCACCCAUCUCCACCGCACUGAAGCGCCUGCUGGUGGACCGGAACUUCAUGGCAGGCACGUUCCCGGCCAACAGCGCCACGUACUACACGGCUUUUGGCAACUGCAUCGGCUCCUACACAACAUGCAACUCGCUGUACCCCAACUCGCCCGUGUCCAACUGCAAUAUCUGCGGCAUGACCAACGCGCUGGGCACGGCGUGCAUGGGCAACCCAUGUGUGCCCAUGACGCCCUCGCCCAUCACAGCCACCAACAGAUGGGACCCCAUGCCCACCAUGCGCUGUGACCCCGUGCCCAUCCAAUCCACUCAAGCUUCAGGCUUCAUGCAUGACUUGCUCCCUCAUGCACAAAUCGUCUUCACCUCCCCACUUUUGGAGAAGCUUAAAACUGGCACCUUCAAGCACACACCUUGCACCUUCAUGCAUGGCUUGCCCCGCAUGUUCAAGUCCUCACCGCCUCCGCUCUCCCCACCGUGUGUGGCAGCGGCGGCGCUGGUGGCGAUGGCACCGGGGCUGUGGACCCAGCCAAUGUGCACCAUAGCAGGGCAGGCGGCCAUACCCGGCACCCUGCCCGUGGUCUUCUGCAACCCCGCCGGCAUGGUCCUCGACAUGGACCUGUCCGUCAACCUCUUCUCAGGCCGCCUCGACACCUUCCUCGCGCCCUUCCUUCCUCUCAAGUCCCUCCUCUCCCUUUUUCUCAUCCCCUCUCUGCCCGCAUGCCUGUCGCCCCCGUGCCUGCCAUGCACCGCAGGCGGCUGCACCAGAACUACUUCUCAGGCUCCUUCCCGGCCAACGUCACCGCCCUCUCUGCCCUCACAGAGCUGGGUGGCGCUGCUGAACAUGAAGGCAUCGCUGGGAGUGACGUACACGGACUGGGCGCUCGACUCGCCCUACACCAUCCAAGGGCUGGCGCUGCUGCCGGGCGCCUGGUCCAACAUCAUCUGCAACGUCUCCGGCAAAGUCAUGUCGCUCACGCACGUGCUGCCCCACCCACUACCCUCCCCACGCGCUAUGCUGCUCCAAAGCUUGCUGCACGUCUCAUUCACUCCGUCCUCUCCUGCUUCAGCUCUCUGGCCCAUCUCCUUCGCUGCUCUCACCUCGCAUGCUAUGCCGUGCCGCCCUUCUCUCUACUCGUAUGUGCGUCCACCCUGCUGCCGCCGCAGUAAUCUGCGCUCCAACUUCCUGGAGGGUCGGCUGGACGUCUUUGCACUCAACUUCAAGGCGCUCACGUCGCUGAAAGAAGCGUACCUGGACUUCAACUGGUUCACAGGGCCCAUCCCCUCCACCCUUGUGGGCAUCGCCACCCUCUCCACCUUCGGUGCGAGCUACAACUACCUGUACGGCGCCAUGCCCACGCCAGGUGCCGCCCUCAAGACCAUCGCGGUGGACGGCAACUGGCUAUCGGGCACGUUCCCCGGCACGGGCUUCUCCUCCUGCUCCGCCACCAACAACUGCCUCGCCAGCAUCGCCACCUGCACCACGGCCGGCACCGUGCAGCGCGCCGCAGCCGCCUGCGCUGUCUGCGACACCACCGGCGGCUCGGGCACAGUCUGCGGUGGCGGCACGUGCGCGCCCAAUACUGCCACGCCUCUCUCCACCGGCACUCCCAACAGCGCCACAGCCGCCGUGCUGCCGCGCUUCUACGUCGGCAUGCCGCUGGACGCCACACAGGGCAACAUCCUGCUGUCGCUCAAGACCACCCUCGGCAUCACCUUCUCUGAUUGGACCGCCGCCACACUCGCCGCCCCCAAAGCCACUGGCACGAAGCCCAAGGCGGGGGGAAAGCGGCGUGUGCUGCAAGCGAGGGGGGGGAGGGGGUCGGGGCUGCUGUAUGACUGGAAGGCGGUGGGGUCGUGCACCAUCGUGGGGCAGACGCCCAUCGCUGGCUCCUGGACCGGCGUGCGCUGCUCGCCAGUCGGCCAGAUCCUCGCCCUCGUCACUGACCUCUCUCCCCUGCCCUUCUCUGCCCCUGCUGCUGCUGCUGUGUGUGCCCGUGGUGCUGUCCGGAACGUGGUGAGCAGGGACCUGAGGAGCCAGCUGUUGAGUGGCACAGUGCACUCCGACAUCAGCAAGCUCUCCACUCUCACCUCGCUCCGUAUGACGUCCAACCUCUUCUUCAACCGCCUUGACUCCUACAUCGUGCCCAUCACGCCCACCGCCACUCUCAAGGAGAUGCACAUCAACUUCAACUGGUUCUACGGCACCAUCCCCACCAUGCUCCUCAACAUGCCAGCCCUCUCCUUCCUUGCCUGUGUGUGCGCCUGUGUGUGUGCCUGUGGGCGUGUGUGCGCGCCUGUGUGUGCGCAUGUGUGUGCGCCUGUGUGUGUGCCUGUGCACCUUUUGCCUGUGCGCCUGCCUGUGCGUGCCCCGGUGUGUCCCGGUGUGCCUCUCUCUCUCUGCACGUCCCACAGCAUGCUGGGCUACAACUACCUCACAGGCACACUCCCCAAGCCAGGGGCCGCAAUUAAAGCCCUGGACACGGAGCGCAACUUCCUCUCGGGCACCUUCCCCACCGCCACGCUUGCCUACUGCUCCGCGCGUGCCAACUGCUUCCUCGACGCUACAGCCUGCUUCAGCAUUGAUGGUGUGGACCAGCGAGGCGCCGGCUGCAACGUGUGUGGGUCCAGCAACGGGCAGCUGCCGAUGUGCGGUGGGGCGGUGUGCACGCCCGACCCCUCGGCGUAUGUGGCGUCCAAAGUGCCCAACAGCGGCACCGCGCCCACCCUCGCCCUCAAGUGCCCCGCCCUGGGUGUCGAUGCUGUCUCCUCGGCGGCGCUGAUCAACAUAGGGGCGGCGCUGGGAGUGACGCACACGGACUGGAGCACCAGCAGCGGCUGCAACAUCAUCGGGCAGGGCAGGCCAUCGCGCCCAAGUCCUGGCCGGGCGUCUGGUGCAGCGGCAGUGGUGCCGUCGUCUCUCUGUGAGCCUCUCUGCCCUCUUGAGUUUCCCUUUCUCGCUCUCGCUGCCAUCUCGUUCCCCAACUAUCGCCAGCUUCUGUAUCGCUCGCCACUCAUGCUCAUCCUCUGCCAUCCCUCAACGUCCCCACCGAGCCUGGGCUACAACCUGCUGUACAACCUACCUGUGUGUGCGCCUGACAUGCUGGGCUACAACUACCUUACAGGCACACUCCCCAAGCCAGGGGCCGCAAUUAAAGCCCUGGACACGGAGCGCAACUUCCUCUCGGGCACCUUCCCCACCGCCACGCUUGCCUACUGCUCCGCGCGUGCCAACUGCUUCCUCGACGCUACAGCCUGCUUCAGCAUUGAUGGUGUGGACCAGCGAGGCGCCGGCUGCAACGUGUGUGGGUCCAGCAACGGGCAGCUGCCGAUGUGCGGUGGGGCGGUGUGCACGCCCGACCCCUCGGCGUAUGUGGCGUCCAAAGUGCCCAACAGCGGCACCGCGCCCACCCUCGCCCUCAAGUGCCCCGCCCUGGGUGUCGAUGCUGUCUCCUCGGCGGCGCUGAUCAACAUAGGGGCGGCGCUGGGAGUGACGCACACGGACUGGAGCACCAGCAGCGGCUGCAACAUCAUCGGGCAGGGCAGGCCAUCGCGCCCAAGUCCUGGCCGGGCGUCUGGUGCAGCGGCAGUGGUGCCGUCGUCUCUCUGUGAGCCUCUCUGCCCUCUUGAGUUUCCCUUUCUCGCUCUCGCUGCCAUCUCGUUCCCCAACUAUCGCCAGCUUCUGUAUCGCUCGCCACUCAUGCUCAUCCUCUGCCAUCCCUCAACGUCCCCACCGAGCCUGGGCUACAACCUGCUGUACGGCAGCCUCGCCACCUUCGCCUCCAACAUCAUGCCGCUCACCUCCAUUGUCACCCUGUGCAUCCCCUCGCCUCUUCCUUCUCCUCUCGCCACCUUGAACCUGCACGCCAACUACCUCUACGACAGUGUGCCCUCCACGCUGCUCAACAUGGCGUCGCUCACAGAAAUGCGGCUGUUUGCCAACUACCUCACGGGCUCACUACCCGCCGUGUCCACCAAGCUCAAGUACCUGGUCGUCAACAACAACUUCCUCGCGGGCGCCUUCCCCUCACAGGUGUUCAACUUCUGUUACGUGCGCAGCAACUGCUUCGCCUCCCCCGGCACCUGCACCAACACCAAUGGAGUCGCCCAGCACACCUCUGGCUGCGCCAUCUGCACCACCACCAAUGCUGCCCCGCCCCUGUGCGGCGGCGCUCCGUGCGUUCUGAACGCGUCUGCUCCUCUGGCGGCCGGCACGGUGAACAGCCUCACAGCCGCCUUGCAGCCGUUCUACUGUGGCCCCGCCACCAUUGAUGCCACUACUGCGCAAGCACUGCUGGUGCUGAGGGCGGCACUGGGGGUGACACAGAGCAACUGGUUGGUGGACUUGCCGUGCGACAUUGCAGGCAACCCUCCCAUGCCCGGCAGCUGGGUGGGCGUCGCCUGUGACACUGCUGGCCAAGUCGUCUCCCUCAACAUGGCGGGCAACCUCUUGGAGGCGCGGGUGGGCGAGUGGGCCACGGGGCUCUCCACGCUCAAGGCGCUCAAGCACCUGUCAGUGCCCGCCCCGCCCAGCUUAACCCCCCUGCCCACCUUGCUUGCGCGCCCCGCCCUGCCCUCCAUUCGCUUCCUACCCUCAAUUCUCUCCCUUCCCUCCCUUGUUGCCCUUCCUGCCCUCCAUACCCUGCCUCUUGACUUGUUGACUUAUAGCCGCAUUGCCACCCGCCCUCCAUCCCCCUUAACUGCGUCGUUUGCUUCUUCCUCACCCAUUUCCAUCCCUUGCCCCUCCACCCUCCUCUUUUGUCACCCCUCAUGCAACAGCGCUCUGAACUACAACUGGUUCUCUGGCCCUCUGCCGUCCUAUCUGCUCACCCUCUCAACCCUCACCACGCUCCACUCUAAUCUGCCAACCCCACAUCCCAACUUCUCCACCCACCACACAUGUGUGUCACUCACCAUCUCCCUCUUCUUCUCCCUCUUCUUCUCCCUCUUCUUCUCCCUCUUCUUCUCCCUCUUCUUCUCCCUCUUCUUCUCCCUCUUCUUCUCCCUCUUCUUCCUCUCCUUCUCCCUCUUCUUCUCCCUCUUCUUCUCCCUCUUCUUCUCCCUCUUCUUCUCCCUCUUCUUCUCCCUCUUCUUCUCCCUCUCCUUCUCCCUCUUCUUCUCCCUCUCCUUCUCCCUCUUCUUCUCCCUCUUCUUCUCCCUCUUCUUCUCCCUCUUCUUCUCCCUCAUCUUCUCCCUCUUCUUCUCCCUCUUCUUCUCCCUCUCCUUCUCCCUCUUCUUCUCCCUCUCCUUCUCCCUCUCCUUCUCCCUCUUCUUCUCCCUCUUCUUCUCCCUCUUCUUCUCCCUCUUCUUCUCCCUCUUCUUCUCCCUCUUCUUCUCCCUCUUCUUCUCCCUCUUCUUCUCCCUCUCCUUCUCCCUCUUCUUCUCCCUCUCCUUCUCCCUCUUCUUCUCCCUCUUCUUCUCCCUCUUCUUCUCCCUCUUCUUCUCCCUCAUCUUCUCCCUCUUCUUCUCCCUCUUCUUCUCCCUCUCCUUCUCCCUCUUCUUCUCCCUCUCCUUCUCCCUCUCCUUCUCCCUCUUCUUCUCCCUCUUCUUCUCCCUCUUCUUCUCCCUCUUCUUCUCCCUCUUCUUCUCCCUCUUCUUCUCCCUCUUUUUCUCCCUCUUCUUCUCCCCAUCUCCCUCCUACUCACCACCUCCCCACCUCCCUGUCCCUCACCUCCCCUUCCUUGUUCAACAGCAACCUGCACUUAAUGGUUGCGCCUAA